AUGGCACAAAGGAUGUUUCAUGAAAGUGGACAAGACGGCAGAUCAGGUAAGAUAUGAGAGUGAGUUGACAUGCAUUUGAAUGUUAGAUUAAAGGCCAACGCUGAAAAUACUGAGAUAGUUUACAUGUUUUUAUUUUUACUUUUAGUCUCAGUGAAGCCCAGACCAUGUCUUUGUCGGUUUUUAAAGGACCUGCAGUAUUUCAAUAGAAGCCUAAUUGUUCACAUGAAGAAAUGAUCUAUAAACGCUGGAAAUAAACAAGAGCUAGCGCACCAGUUAUUUGCCUCAGUCCCUUUAUUCUCGUCUUAUGAACAGUGGUCCCUUUCUCUAAUGGGACUGAAAUGAACGGCUGGAGAACAAUGUUAUAUUUAGCCACUUGGUUAUUUCUGUUCAUACAUUUUUCAUUUAGCAAAGGGAGUGGAAUGAAAAGCUGCUGCUUUUUGCUUAAUGUGUCUCUCUAUGAUGUACACUGCCCCACCUCAUGUGUAACAUAAAGCUUAAAGGUUUUACCUGAUUUGGUUUAGAGAGCUGCAUUUCCUCUAAUAUUUCAUCAUCUCGGUCCUAAAAUAUUAAGUGUAUUGAAUUUAGUAGAAUAGUAAAUCACAAAUAUGUAUUUAAAUAUGCACAUUUAGGUUCAUUUUUAAUCCAGUAAUAAAAUAUGUGAUGUUUUGUCUUUUAAGGGAAUUAUGUAUCUGCCUUUAGUGAAUUCAUUCAAUUAUAAAUAAAAGAUCUUAUCAUGAAACUUCGAUUAUAUUUGAUCACAAUUCUGAAUAAAAUCUUUGAGGUGAGUCCAAAACUGACGAAGACUGAAUGUCAGCGUAUAAAACAGCGGUUUUUAGUCAAAAGCCAUGUUUACAUGGGCAAAGUCGCUUGAUCCAGUUAAAAAUUUGAGGGAUCAGAUAAUCUGAAUCCGGUGUUUAUAUGAACACAAAGUCAAAUAAUCCAAUCAUGACGUGUGUGUAUAUAUAUGCACCACGUUUCAUUCAGAUUAGAAGCAUUUUGACAUGCACAGAGUUGUCUGAUUUCGCUAAAACAACCACAGAAGAAGAGUUGUAUUUACGACUGUGCUGUCAACAAACUAACAAACGCGGUAGUGGCUCGCUCCAUCCAAUUCAGGAGUUUUCCCCCUGUUAAAUGCUGUCACUAGAUGGCGCCCUUGCAUACUUAUUUUACUGUUCUGACUUAUUAUUGUUAUGUUACCAGAGGAGCAGACACGGCAGCUGCGGUUGUGUUUUAUGCCAGAGUGUUAAUAAUAAUAAAAUCUCCUGUACUGGCCUCAAUAAAUAAGCCAAAGGCUAAAGAGUGAAGAUCGAGUCAGGUAAGAGAGUCAGGAUAAGUAUUUUCAUGGACGCAUUUCGGAAUAACGAUCGGCAUAAACCACCCCUCUCGAUCGGGUUACAAAUUCUUUCCAAUUGAGCCGAAUUGGAUCAGAACCUUCAGAUUGACAUGUUUACAUGACACAUUUUUAUUCUGAUUAUCAUGUAAACGCAGCUAAAGAUACCACCUUUCUCCGAUUAAAAGGGUUUGAUGGUUAUGGUACAGAGACAUACUGCAAUCAUAAUGCUGCCGACUUGUGGUCAGACAAAGAACAACUACAUAAAUGAUAGUGUUGCAUGUAUGUCAGUCAUGAAAGGUUAAUAUGUUUCCUGUCCUCUCGUGUUGCAGUACUGGGGACUCUAGCUGUGCAGGUGGAAAGAGACCCUAAAACAGGUGCUGCUGUUGUCAGGUCAGUGACCCCUGUGUCCGCAGCAGCUGGUGCACCUGCGGCCACCGCUGUAUUCGAUGAUGGCAGGAAGAGUAUCCACACUGUGGGCAGAGUGGAAAGUCCACCCUCUAAUGAAGAGCUCGGGCAGAUCCUGAGUGUUAUCGAUGGAGUUGGGAUGAAAGUGCUGCUGGACGAAGUUGAAGUCACGCCAAGCAGAGCAGGGACAAAGAUGGAGAGUGAAGGUGCCAGCAGAGAACCAGAGGGAAAAGUCCUGUCUUUUUCUGCCUGUCAUGCCCUAUCAGAGGUGGACAAUAUGCAGUUUGACAGCUCCAGAAGCAACAACGUGAGAGCUGAACUGGGACUGGAGAACUGUGCUGUGAGCAUAGAAAACAAGGAGGACAGAAGCAUCACACCGGUUCAUAACCAAAGCGCAGUAGAAGUAGAUAAUAACGUUGAUGAAAAGCUGGUGGAAGGCCCAGUCACUCUGUUGUUUUUGGGAUAUGCUGAUGACUCAAAUGACCAGGAUCCAGAUCCAGAAAACCAUGAAGGCAUGAUCACUGUAGAACGAGUGAUGAUCACCGAGGAAGGAGAAGAGCACGUCCUGGGGCCUGAAACAUUCCUCCAAGAAGAAAAAGAAGCCAAAGGAGUGUUUCAAGAUGUUCCUCUAGAGGGAAACGGGGCAGGCAGUCAAGUCCAGAAAGAGGAGGAGCAAAAGGUUCCUCAGGAUUCAUCUUCACCCGCUAAAGCACAAGAACAGGCCACGUCCUCGCAGAAGAAGAGCUGUCAGUGCUGUUCUGUCAUGUAA